AUGACGACUUCGCUGGUCCUGCAUCCACGCUGGGCGGACACCUUGAUGUACGUGUAUGAAAAAAGCCCGAAUGAAAAUAAUCAGAAUAAAAGCCAAAUUAUGGAAGGAUUGAGCGGGAAUUGCCCUGCGACUCAUUGCAGGGAACUGAUCUCACACCCCGCGCUGGGGCGGCAUUCCGGCACCAUAGCGACUCACCAGGGAUCCGUGUACUCGGAUAUAUCUUCCCCAGAAACCGGGCGACAGUGCCCCGCUCCACAGACGUCAUCUAGCGCCUCUCUGAGUUACGGCUACCCCUUUGGAAACCCCUACUACGGUUGCAGAUUGUCUCACUCGCACAACGUGAACUUGCAGCAGAAACCGUGUUCGUACCAUCCCGCAGAAAAAUACGCCGAGACGAGCAGCGCCUUGCCCGCGGAGGAGCUCUCCAGCAGGGCGAAAGAGUUCGCGUUCUACCCGAGUUUUGCCAGCUCGUACCAGGCGGUUCCAGGAUAUCUAGACAUGUCGGUGGUCCCCAGUAUUAGCGCGCAUCCCGAGCCACGUCACGAUGCAUUGAUCCCCAUGGAGGGCUAUCAACACUGGGCUCUGUCGAACGGCUGGGAUGGGCAGGUGUACUGUUCAAAGGAGCAAACGCAGUCUUCUCAUCUUUGGAAGUCUCCGUUUCCAGAUGUUGUUCCGUUGCAGCCAGAAGUCAGCAGUUAUCGUCGAGGGCGCAAAAAGCGCGUUCCCUACACCAAGAUACAACUAAAGGAACUGGAAAAAGAGUACGCAGCGAGCAAGUUUAUCACCAAAGACAAGAGACGACGCAUCUCCGCGACGACCAACCUCUCAGAACGCCAAGUUACUAUUUGGUUCCAGAACCGCAGAGUGAAGGAGAAGAAGUUUGUCAGUAAAUCCAAGACUAAUAAUCACAUGCAUACUUGAUGCAUGUUUCGUACUUUUUUUUUCUUC